AGUAGCACGCGGCGACUUUUCGUAGUCAUGCAGGGCGAGCGAAUCUCGGAGGUCAUGGCGGCCAACAGCGCAGCCCGCCCAGCUCAAGCAUCCCACUAAAAAUCUGGCCGCCUUGUGUCACUGGCGGCAACUACUGGCAAAGCACAUUUUUGAUUUUUCUGCUCAUACCCUCUUUCUCGGGCCUUGUCACUACUUUCUCACCGCCCUCAUCUUCUCUUGUGCUUCGAUUCUUCUUGUUGUCCUGGUCUUCUCAACAACUCUUUCACUCACCUCCCAAUCCACCCUUGAGGACGUAUUGGAGGCUUGCUGUCCGGACCGUCUGCUUCACAUCUUGUCCAACGCCCCUCCGGGUAUCUUCAAAGAUGGUUCAAUCCUCGAUCCUCGGCUUCCCGCGCAUGGGAGUCAACCGUGACCUCAAGAAAGCCACCGAAGCAUACUGGGCUGGCAAGAUCUCGCAGGAUGAGCUCCUCGCCGAGGGAAAGAGACUGAGACUGGCACACUGGAAAAUCCAGAAAGAUGCUGGCAUCGACAUCAUCCCGAGCAAUGACUUUGCCUUCUACGACCAGGUCCUCGACCACAUCGAGCUGUUCGGUGUGGUUCCGGAACGAUACACAAAGUACAACCUGGCUCCCCUUGACGAAUACUUUGCCAUGGGUCGAGGCCUCCAGAAGCCUGCCACCGACAGCUCCCCGGCUGUCGAUGUGCCUUCGCUGGAAAUGGUCAAAUGGUUCGACUCGAACUAUCACUAUGUCAAACCCACUCUCCAGGACAACCAAGCCUUCAAACUGUCCUCCAACCCCAAACCGGUUGUCGAGUUCCUCGAAGCCAAAGAAGCUGGUAUCAUCACUCGCCCUGUCAUCCUCGGGCCUGUUUCCUUCCUCUAUCUCGGCAAAGCAGACCGCGGUCAAAGCAUCGAACCGAUUUCGGCCCUCGACAAGCUUCUUCCUCUCUACGAGGAUCUGCUUAAACAGUUGAAAAAUGCUGGUGCUGAAACCGUGCAGAUUGAUGAACCCAUCUUGGUCUUCGAUUUGCCUCCGCACGUCAAGGAGGCCUUCAAGCCGGCGUACGAGAAGCUUGGUGGCCUUGGAAGCAGUGCUCCCAAGAUCGUUCUUGCGACCUAUUUUGGAGACAUCGUCCACAACAUCGAUGUUCUCAGCUACCUCAAGAAUCUCUAUGCUAUCCACAUCGAUCUCGUCCGCAACCCAGAGCAGUUCGAAACUGUCGCCUCUGCCUUGGGCCCCCAGCAGGUCCUGUCGGCGGGCGUUGUCGACGGUCGAAAUAUCUGGAAAACCAAUUUCAAGAGGGCAAUUGAGCUCGUUGAGACCGCCAUUCAGAAAUUGGGCAAGGACAGAGUCCUUGUUGCUAGCUCCAGCUCUCUCUUGCAUACCCCUCACACACUAGCCAGCGAGAAGAGCUUGGACCCAGAGAUCGCCGACUGGUUCAGCUUUGCUUGCGAGAAAGCCAAAGAGCUCGCCAUCAUUGCAAAGGCUGUGACGGAUGGCCCGGCCUCUGUCAGAGAAGCCCUUGAAGCCAACGCCAAGUCCAUGCAAGCUCGUGCUUCUUCAAGUCGGACCAACGACCAGGCGGUUAAGGAGCGACAGAGCAAGAUUACCCCCACCAUGUACAACCGCAAGUCACCGUUCCCUGUCCGAAUUAGCCAACAACAGGAGCGUCUGCACCUGCCUUUGUUCCCAACCACGACCAUUGGAUCCUUCCCUCAGACCAAGGAGAUCCGUAUCCAACGCAACAAGUUCACCAAAGGUCAGAUCACCGUCGAGGAGUACGAGAAGUUUAUCGAGAAGGAGAUCCGGGACGUGGUCAAGAUCCAGGACGAAUUGGGUCUCGAUGUCUAUGUCCACGGCGAGCCCGAACGCAACGACAUGGUCCAAUACUUCGGUGAGCGACUAAAGGGUUACGCUUUCACGACCAAUGGAUGGGUUCAGUCGUAUGGGUCUCGCUGCGUCCGACCUCCCAUCGUGGUCGGCGACAUUUCUCGACCUGCUCCAAUGACUGUCAAAGAGUCCAAAUUUGCGGCUUCGAUCUCCAGCAAACCCAUGAAGGGUAUGCUCACAGGGCCCAUCACCUGUUUGAGGUGGUCAUUCCCUCGUGACGAUGUCCACCAAUCUGUUCAGGCGGAACAAUUGGCUUUGUCUCUCCGAGACGAGGUCAUUGACCUUGAAAAGGCAGGUGUCUAUGUCAUUCAGGUCGAUGAGCCUGCUUUGCGUGAAGGUCUUCCACUCCGCACAGGCAAGGAACGUACCGACUACCUGAAGUGGGCCGUCGAUUCAUUCCGCCUCGCAACUGCGGGUGUUGAGGAUGCUACUCAGAUUCACAGUCACUUCUGCUACUCCGAGUUCCAGGAUUUCUUUUAUGCUAUUGCAGCACUGGAUGCUGAUGUUCUCUCGAUUGAGAACAGCAAGUCUGAUGCCAAGCUUCUCAAAGUGUUUGUUGAUGAGGCUUAUCCGCGUCACAUUGGACCUGGCGUCUACGACAUUCAUUCUCCUCGUGUCCCCUCCGAACAGGAAAUUCACGACCGAAUUGCAGAGAUGUUGCAAUACUUGAAGCCGGAGCAACUGUGGAUUGAUCCUGACUGUGGGCUCAAGACCCGACAGUGGAAAGAGACCAAGGCUGCUUUGACUAACAUGGUCAACGCGGCCAAGAGCUUCCGUGCUCAAUAUGCCAAGAGCAAAUAAUGGGUAUGUACCGGUUUGUGGGAGCGGUUGAACUUUGAGCUCGAUCAAUCAACCUGAUCUGAGCAGAUGGCGUCAUGGGGUUUUGAUUGAACCAAUGGAUGAACGACAAAAAGUGCUUUUCAACAUGAUACCACUGUAGCGACGGGGGCUGGCAAAAGUCCGAUCUUAACAUCGGCGUUUUUGGCUGGCUCUGAAACCAGACAGAGGAAGGGAACCAACGCGGGAUGCGACGCGGCCAUGAUAUGUGGCAGAGAUGGAUGUCACCUUUUCAACAGAACUUGUCAAGGGAUUAGGCUUCCGUAUGAGAUUCAGUAGAGAGAACGGUGUUUCAUUUGGACUGA